GGCGGCGGCGGCGGCGCCUCGUGCGCGGUAUUUAUUUAUUUCCGGGCCCCGGCGCGCUUAUAAUGGAGCCGCUGUCCGCGGAGCCCUCCGCCGCCGCCGCCGCCGCCGCCGUCCCUCCUCUUUUUUUUCCCGGCAGAUCUUUGUUGUGUGGGAGGCCGGCGGGGAUGCGCUCGGGCUCGCGGCGCUGCUGCUAGAGCCGCCGCCCGCGCCGCCGCCGCCCGGACCGGACCGGACCCGACCCGACCCCGCGCCCCCGGCCGCGACCCGGACCGGACCCGGACCCGACCCCGACCCCGACCCGCCACAGCCCGCGCCGCGGCACAUGAGCGUGGGGGCGGCCCACGGCGGGGACUAUGGUGAAAUUCCCGGCGCUCACGCACUACUGGCCCCUCAUCCGCUUCCUCGUGCCCCUGGGCAUCACCAACAUCGCCAUCGACUUCGGGGAGCAGGCCUUGAACCGGGGCAUCGCUGCUGUCAAGGAGGAUGCAGUGGAGAUGCUGGCCAGCUACGGGCUGGCGUACUCGCUGAUGAAGUUCUUCACGGGUCCCAUGAGCGACUUUAAGAACGUGGGCCUGGUGUUUGUGAACAGCAAGCGGGACAGGACCAAGGCCGUCCUGUGCAUGGUGGUGGCCGGCGCCGUCGCUGCCGUCUUCCACACCCUCAUCGCUUAUAGUGACUUAGGCUACUACAUUAUCAAUAAACUGCACCAUGUGGAUGAGUCGGUGGGGAGCAAAACGAGAAGGGCCUUCCUGUAUCUUGCUGCCUUCCCUUUUAUGGAUGCAAUGGCAUGGACCCAUGCUGGCAUUCUCCUAAAACACAAAUACAGCUUCCUGGUGGGAUGUGCCUCGAUCUCCGAUGUCAUAGCUCAGGUCGUGUUUGUAGCCAUCUUACUGCACAGUCACCUGGAAUGCAGAGAACCGCUGCUCAUCCCGAUCCUCUCCCUGUACAUGGGCGCCCUCGUGCGCUGUACCACCCUGUGCCUGGGCUACUACAAGAACAUCCAUGACAUCAUCCCCGACAGGAGCGGCCCGGAGCUGGGGGGAGAUGCGACCAUACGGAAGAUGCUGAGCUUCUGGUGGCCUUUGGCUCUCAUCUUGGCUACACAGAGAAUCAGCAGGCCUAUCGUCAACCUCUUCGUUUCCCGGGAUCUUGGUGGCAGCUCCGCGGCUACAGAGGCGGUGGCGAUUUUGACGGCCACGUACCCCGUGGGCCACAUGCCGUACGGCUGGUUGACGGAGAUCCGUGCUGUCUACCCUGCUUUUGACAAGAACAACCCCAGCAAUAAGCUGGUGAGCGCGAGCAGCACGGUGACCGCCGCCCACAUCAAGAAGUUCACGUUUGUGUGCAUGGCCUUGUCGCUCACGCUCUGCUUCGUGAUGUUCUGGACUCCCGACGUUUCCGAGAAAAUCCUAAUAGACAUCAUUGGAGUGGACUUCGCCUUUGCAGAACUGUGUGUGGUUCCCCUGCGCAUCUUCUCCUUCUUCCCGGUUCCAGUCACCGUGAGGGCCCAUCUCACCGGGUGGCUGAUGACCCUGAAGAAGACCUUCGUCCUGGCCCCCAGCUCCGUGCUGCGGAUCAUCGUCCUCAUCACCAGCCUCGUGGUCUUGCCCUACCUGGGCGUGCAUGGGGCCACCCUGGGUGUGGGCUCCCUCCUGGCAGGCUUUGUGGGAGAGUCCACCAUGGUCGCCAUAGCCGCGUGCUAUGUCUAUCGGAAACAGAAAAAGAAGAUGGAGAGCGAGCCGGCGGCGGAGGGCGAGGACUCGGCCAUGACGGACAUCCCGCCGGCGGAGGAGGGCGCGGACGCGGUGGAGAUGCGGGGGGACAACGACUGAGCGCGGGGGCAGCGCGGCCACGUGUCCCCCCGCCCCCUCCCCUCGGACAAUCUGCGCUCGCGGCCCAAGGACGGCGGCCGCGCCCCCCCCCCGCCCCCCCGCCCCGCGCGUCCCCCCGAGGACCCCGCGGCCUCCCCCGGCGCCCCCGCUGCCCCCGGGAUCGCGCCCCCCGCAGCGCCCCCGCCCGCCGCCCCCGCGCAGAGCGGCCCCGCGCGAAGGCGGACGGACGCCCGGACGGACUCACGGACGGACUCACGGACGGACGCGCCGCGGGGCGGGCUGCAGAGCCCCGGCGGUGCUGGGGUCGGGCUCGGGGCCCCGGGGGCUGCACCCGCCGCCGCUCAGCGUCCCCGGGAGGGCCCGAGCCCCGCUUAGUCCCAAAGGGAAGGAAGCGCCCGGCCUCGCCCGCCCCAGCCCAGACCCGUCCCUGCGGCCCAGGCCCCCCGCGGCGACACACUUUGUAGGCCGCAGAGUCGUGGGGACACCCCGGGUGACACAUUUGAAAUCCACGUAGUGCAGUCUAUUUUUCUAAGUUUUGGAAAGCGGGUUUUUUUCUUUACAAAAAUUACGGACACAGUUCACUAAAUUCUUGAUUUAGUCAAAAUUCCUAGACGGGAAGAACCUAAACAAAAAUAUUUUAAAGAUAUAAAUAUAUACUGUAUAUGUUAUGUAAUUUAUUUUAGGCUAUAAUACAUUUCCUAUUUUCGCAUCUUCAAUAAAAUGUCUCUAAUACAAUACGGUUGAUUGCUUGUGUGCUCCCCAGACCUGCAGUUGAGACGUAUUGUAUCAAUGAACAUUGUAUGUUAUUUACAGCAGUUUUGGAGUCUGUCGUUUGUAUAUAAAUGUAAGGAUCGGUACGCGACAAGACAACUAUUUUUCGUUAUGGGUACGGGUAGGAAUGGGGCCAGCCGGCCUAGACAGCAGUGGGAAUGCAAACAUACACUGGAAGGGCCAAAGAAGGAAAGAAAACAGACAAGCCUUCUGUGUUCAUUGUUCUCAGUACGUGUAACCAUAUUGUUCCUCGUUAAAAAGCAAAACAAAAAAGAACGUGAGGGCAUAAAGCCAGCCACGAACAUCACAGGGCCGCGUCCACAUCUCCGGACAAGUGACCUUGGGUGUGCCCACUGUGGGGACAGACUUCUCAGCUUCCUCAGAGACUUCCUCCGUAUCAUGAGUGCUGGAAACUAAGACGCGGAGCUCGCAGGCGGUGCAGGGGCAGAUCUGACAAGACGGGGGGAAAAACGUCUAAUAGUAUCAGCUUUUUAAAAGUACAUGACUAGAAAAUUAAACAGCAGUAUUUUUUAA